CAAACAGAGAAGGCCUCAAGUGCCAGAGCAAGAGCCUGGAUUGAACUGAGGACAGUCAGGGAACGGACCUUCAACACUUUCUGGAACCUGUCCCUUGUGCUCUUCUACACUAUCACAGCCCUAGUUUAGUCCACCUUCGAGUCUUACAAGAAUUUCUUCAGUUCUCCUUUUAGGCCUCAAGAGUUUUGCCCCCUACAGCUGAACACAGAUCUUUCUAAAAUUUUUAGCAGUCAGAUCUGACCACUAGUCUGAUUGGAGUCUUUAUUGUUUUCCAGCUGUCCUCCAAGCUCCCAGGGUUCGAGACCCUUCCUGGUUGGCUCUAUGACCCCUCUAGUUUCAUCCAUUUUUCCAAACACCUUAAGUACAGGCAGUUCCCCACUCUGUCCCUCUCUGAGCCUUUGCUCCAGCUGUGCUCUCUGCUGGGGAUGCUUUUCUCUCAACUACCUGACAAAUGCCCACAUAUCUUUCAGAACUCAGUUUAGGCAUCACCUCUCUAAGGAACCUUUUGACUCCCUCUCUCCAGUGACUACUCCCUUGUUUGUGCACCUCUGUUCUCCCGAUAGACUUUCACUGGCAAACUGCUCUGCAUCCAUUCCAUCUUCUUCCCACCGAGACUGGGCACUGGUUGUGGCUGAUUUUCUGUCACUGGUAGGCUAUGCUGGGCUGAACCCACCACAAGCCCCAGUAAAUGUUAAAGGAAAGGAAGUACUGUUGGGGCCCUCACAGUCUUUAGGCAAACCUAGUGCAUUGGAGUUGGAUGAACUUGCGUUCAACUACAAACACUCCAAGAACUGUCUGCUUGUGGGCAAGUCAUUGGAAUUAUGAGCCUCCAUUUCCUCAGCCCUACCUACCCAUGGGAUUCUGUAAAGUAACAUGAGGUUUCUGGUAUAAUGCCUGGCUUACUGUAAGAGUUCAAAUAUGCAUCACUCUUACAACCAAGAAGUAGGGGAGGAAAAGGUAUUUGUCUAUUUAGUGAACAGAGGAUUAGGAGCAUGGAUUUAAGGGGUCCGGAGCAGAAAACUCUAAGACCCCAGCAUGCUUGGGCUUUUGUGCUGCCCAUCUACUCUGUCCAGAGCAAAGUCAAGUUAAGUGGAUGGGAUUAGGGGUGACAGAUCACGGGCCUGCCAAAGCCAAGCCCUCCCCUGGCUUCUGGAAUGGUCCUGCCCCUGGUGACAUCACAAUCCUGAGUGGUUCCCAAGGUGCUGCUGGAGGUGGACCCUCAUUUCUCUCCACGGAGCUCUAGGGUGUGGAUGUGAGAAAGGUGAGCAAGGAAGGCAGAUGACAACAAGAAACAGCCCGAGCCCCACGCCCAUGGGCACAGCUCAGGGUGACCCUAGAGAGGCAGGAACACUGUCAGCUCCUGAUGCUGACACUUGGGACAAAGAUGCAGCCACUCAGCUGAAGAUGAAGCCCAAGAAUGUGCGCAAGAUCAAGGCGCUCAUCAUCGACCUGGGCUCACAGUACUGCAAGUGUGGCUACGCAGGGGAGCCGAGGCCCACCUACUUCAUCUCCUCCACGGUGGGCAAGCGCCACUCUGAGGCGGCUGAUGUGGGUGACAUCCAGAAGGACAUCUAUGUGGGCCAUGAGCUGCUCAACAUGGAGGCACCUCUGAAGCUGGUUAACCCUCUAAAAUAUGGCGUUGUGGUAGACUGGGACUGUGUCCAGAAUAUCUGGGAGUACAUCUUCCACACGGUCAUGAAGAUCUGCCCUGAAGAGUAUGCUGUGCUGGUGUCCGACCCCCCGCUCAGCCCCAGCAGUAACCGGGAGAAGUAUGCAGAGCUCAUGUUUGAGACCUUUGGCUUCCCUGCCAUGCACGUGACAUCCCAGUCACUGCUAUCCAUCUACUCCUAUGGUAAGACCACAGGGCUGGUGGUGGAGAGCGGGCAUGGCGUCUCUCACGUGGUCCCCAUCUCUGAGGGCAACGUGCUGCCAGGCCUGACAGUCCGUGCUGACUACGCUGGGAGGGACCUUACCAACUACCUGCUGCAGCUGCUCAACAAGGCUGGUCACAAGCUCACUGAAAACCACCUGCACAUUGUCGAGCACAUCAAGAAGACAUGCUGCUACUCAGCUCUCCUGCCGGAGGAGGAGCUCGGCCUGUGCCUGGAGGAGCUGCGCGUGGACUACGAGCUCCCUGACGGCAAGCUCAUCACCAUUGGCCAUGAGCGCUUCCAGUGCGCCGAGAUGCUCUUCCAACCCAGCCUGGUGGGCAGCACCCAGCCCGGCCUCCCUGCACUCACAGCCACUUGCCUGGGCCACUGCCAGGAGGCAGGCUUCAAGGAGGAGAUGGCCGCCAAUGUGCUGCUGUGUGGUGGCUGCACCAUGCUGGAUGGCUUUCCCGAGCGCUUCCAGAGGGAGUUGGGCCUCCUUUGCCCCAGGGACAGCCCCACAGUAUCUGCUGCAUCUGAGAGGAAGACUUCUGUGUGGACUGGUGGCUCCAUCUUGGCAUCCCUGCCAACCUUCCAGGAGUUCUGGGUCAGCAAGGAAGAAUUUGAGGAGCAGGGCAGUGCAGCCGUCCACAUCAAGUGCUGAGCGGUGGUACCCAGGACUUGUGGGCAGGUGACCUCUGGCCACUCAAAGCAUUUUAUAGAAUUUCACAUAAAAUUUUAACACAACGGCUCUCAUCUAGUCUGAAUUUCUUUCUUUAGUCUGAUAGAAGAAAGGGGUGGGGAAUUCGUUUUAGAGGUAUGAGCACCUUUUGCUCUGUUGGGUCAGAAGCAGCAGGGGUAGGAGGCCAGUGGGAGGGGCUCCCCUCACUGGCUCCUCCCCAAAUGAGAGUGACAUCUCAGAGCCUAGAGUGUGGCUUCCUGUUGGGUCAUCAUGAGGGCAACACUCAAAACCAGGAGUCUGACUUCCAUCUCCUGUUUCUGCCCAAUGGUCAUCUGCCCAUAACGUCAUCAGUGCUUGAUUGCCCCAGGCUCCCUCACUAACCUCCCCUCACUUCUGCUCCCUUCAAAGGCACAGCCCACAAGUGUGCAUCUUCUGGGUAUAAGGGGCCUUUCCUGCUCAUCUGCCUUUCAACGUCAGCGAAAAUUGCAG